AUGGCCGCCGCCGCCGCCGCCUCCAACUCGGUGGCUCCGUCCGGCCCCGUCCCGUUCAACGACGUCGACGAUGGCACGGUCCCGGAGCACACUCCCAAGGAGGAGUUCGGCGACCUCGUGGCCUCCCUGCCGCGCAGGGAGCAGUCCAUCCUGGAGCUGCGCCUGUACCAGGGCUUCUGGCUGCCGGAGCACUGGGUGCCGGGGACCAUCGUGUUCCAGCGCCGCUUCUCGCCGCGCCCCGACGACGUGAUCCUGGCCAGCUACCCCAAGUGUGGCACCACGUGGCUGAAGGCGCUGGCCUUCGCCACGGCGGCGCGUACGGCGUACCCGCCGGCCAGCGCGGGGCACCCGCUCCGCCGGCUCAACCCGCACGACUGCGUCCCGUUCAUCGACGACAUCUUCGCCACCGGGGAGGACGCGAAGCUCGACGCGCUCCCGUCGCCGCGGCUGAUGAACACGCACCUGCCCUAUGCAGGGCCGGCCCUGAAUUUUUAG